AUGGGGUAUAUGCAGGUAGAGGACUACACCACCAACAUGUUACACCUGAAGAGAUGGCCUGGCAUCCGCUCCUGGUCGCUGCUCGUAGGUAGGAUCAUGAUGUGUGUGUAUUUUCUGAGUUUAUUUCUUUGGACGCAAUGUCAUAAAAACAAAUUGACCCAGCAUUUGGUCCUUUUUCUGAUUUCAGGUAUUGCAUCCAUUGGCCUGGCAGGUGCAAACUACAGCUCAGGUACAACCUGAUUUACAGGCAUCACCAGUGCCAGCCUGUCCCCUGUCUUGAAUCCCAGUCAUCAUUGACAUAAUUAAGACAGAAUGAAAAAAUAAAUGUCUGCCUGUCUCUCAUCCCUCUGUUUUCUUGUCUUUACAGACAGUCUCCUGUGGAAGCUUUUCUACGUGACAGGCUGUCUGUUCGUGGCCAUGCAGAACAUGGAGGCAGUGUUUGAUAAAACCAAGAAUGUGAUAGAGCUGAAGACCUUCAGUAUGUAUGCCCUGAUUCUCACCAUGUGUAGGAGAGGCCAGGAGAAAGGUGAGGAACAUGAUCACCUAAUGUGUCCUGUACUUUCACAUUGAAAGUUAGCGCAGGGGUCUUCAACCGUGGUCUUGGAGAGCUACAGGAAUUUUCCUCCGCAAACUCACCCUCUCCCUGUCUCUGUCCUUCUUCUACUGCUCCUCCUAUCUCCCUUACACACCCUUCCUCUCCUCCUGUCUCUGUCUCUGUCUCUCAGUGGUGAUGGACAUGAGGCACCUGCGUGACGUGUGUGUUCAGGAGAAGGUGCGCUACCUGGGGAAGGGCUACCUGCUGGUGCUGCGACUGGUCACAGGUUUCUCCUACCCCCUACACAGAGCGCCACCAUGGGGGGAGUGGGACGCAGGUGCGACUGGGGGUCUGGAGGGGGAAGAGAUAGUCUUAUAAUAGAUCUAACAUGGAAGAUGUUGUGUUUUAAAGGAUCAGAACACAGGUUUCCCAGGAACUUAAAAUAUUGUAGAAUGGUAUGGAACAGAAGUAAAAUCAGACAAAUGUAUUGAGUGUUUUGAUUGUCAAAAUAUUAAUGCUGUCUAUGCUUGAUCACUACUAGUUGUUUGAUCCUGUUCUUUCCCCCUCUCCGUCAGUGAUGUGGAGGCAGUGGCUUCAUUGCUCAAGCGUUUCCUGGGUCUGGAGGAGCUCCAGUAUCGCUGGGAGCAGGAGGAAGAGGAGGCGGUAGUCAUGGAGGAAGAGGCAGUCAGGGAGGAAGAUUAA